UGCUUUUCUUGUUUUCUACUUCUGGUCAGAAUCCAGUCACCAGAAAUUAGAAUCCCCAAAUUCAGCAAUCUUCAAAAUUACAUCCUCGAAUAGAAAGUUAUCUACUUCAAAAGUAGAGCCAUGGUUAACAUGGGAAAGAAACAUUUGCACAGAAAAAUAGAACCAAAAAGAGGGGGGAAGGGACCAUGGGUCAACUGCUUUCAUGGUUCUUUGCCUUUCUUCUUCUUUCUUUGGUUCUCUGCUUGGUCGGCUAUCAGAUCGUUUGCUUGACGAACUUGGAAAUGGAUUACAUCAACCAAUACGACGUGGCGGCUCGGAUCAACAAGGUCGUCUUGCCCGAGUUCGUGUCCCAAGGAGUCUUAUGCUUCGUUUAUCUCGUGACGGGCCGCUGGUUUAUGCUCAUGCUGUCCCUUCCAUACCUAUGUUACGACAUCAGAUUGUGGAGGCGGAACCGGUACUUGAUCGACGUGACGGAGAUAUAUAACGACCUAAGACGGGAAAAGAAUCUACGGCUUUUCAAGCUCUACUAUCUCAUCCUACUAGUGGUCAUUGCCAUAUUCUGGAUGAUCUGGAGCCAUGGAGAUAGUAUGCAUUGAUCGGGAGCGACAAGACAUGCUCGUGUAAGUCACUGAUGCUCUCGUUUUCUUCUAAGCUGAAGAAAGAUGUACACUUUUGCCGUGUGAAAGAGGAAAUACAGAUGAUUCUGGGAAUAACCAUUCUUGUGUAUGAUGUCCUGAUAAUCACCUGCUGUUAUGACAGUAGUCUCCUGAUCGCAAUGCCCGUCGACAAUGCUGGCUUUGGCCUUGUUCAAAGGGAAAGGGAUGCCGUUUCUAGUGAGAUG